AUGCCAAAUAAUCAAUCUGUUAAUCAUCUCUCGCCAGCUCGUGUUAUAAUGCAUCAUGAAACUCAACAACAACGACAACAACAAUUGUUUUCAAGCCAUAACGUUACGCCUAACAUGCAUCCAUCUAUAUUACAUUCCAACACGAAUCAUCAACAAGCCGUUCUAACAACAUGCCAACCAUCGAUUAUGAUGACGGAGAUGCCUACAUCAUCAUUGACUAAUCCAACCAUCUCCUCAACACCAAUAUCAACCAGUAUCAAGAGAGGGCGCAACGACACUAGUGGAAUAUCGGAACCGUAUACUCAAAUACGACCACAAUACCCACAAAUUACUAACAUGCAAGCUAACAUGUCUGUCUCAGGGAAUACCCCGAUAAAACGUCUUCGCGGUAUGAAUCAACCUGUAUUGAUGUCAAGAGAUAAUCCGCAACAACCUACCACUGCUGCCUGUCGUUUUGCUACUACACGUUAUCCAUUCUCACCCUUCUCUGUUAUUUUCUCGCAUGAGGUUCGUGAAAAAACUGUUAUCGA